CACAUUUGACAUUUCGCAUGUCCCUCACUGUGCAUGUAUUCGCUGCUUUGAAUUUUUCAGACUUUUUUCUGUGCCAUUAAUUUCAAAUGCACAAACACUGUAGUCCGUGCGCGACCAAGAGAAAGUGCUGUGUUCCCCCGUCAGGAUUAAUAUGCAACAUUUGCAAAUCGUUACGCCCAUAGCGACCCAAAUCGAGUGCCGUUCCUAGUCCUUCGAAACGAGCGUUGUCAAUAUCAGAAUAGUUAAGUGUCAAGUCGCGAAUUACUUUUCCGCAUUGAGUUCGAGUGUCGGCAAGGAAAACAACAAAAUCGAUUCAUAAUAUUCUUUGUAUAUUGCGUCUAUUUCCACACGUUCAAGGGGAGCAAACGCGGCGAGUGUGUGUGCGUGUUUUGAUGGAUUUCUGAUUGUGUGCGGUAACACGCGCAACGCGGCGGAGGUACUUGGUCGUGCUCGGCUGGAUGGUGUCCGUUGCCUUACGUUGACGUCUGGGUCUUGUGUGCGGCGCACAGGCGAGAAAUGUCAAAAUAGUUGAACUUUUCUUUCACGGUGUGUAUCGUCAGAAAUCGUCUCGUCGGGAGGAGGCAUUAGAAAACGGCAAAGUCGCAGUUUCAGUGAAGUUCGCGUAGCGUAGUGGAAACAAAAGUGGAAUUCAGUGCAGUCUAUGAGAAAUAGUGAUUUAUCCCGGGGGGAAACGAGCUUUAGUGUCGGUGACUUAAUUUUCCGCCCUCGGAGCGUUCAAAAUCGCUCUACGCGUUCCUGCCAGGUUUCGCACGCUGGUGCCGUUUUGUAACGAGUCGCGAGGCCACCCGCACUUGUAAUCCGGAUGCAACAUGGAAAUCGUGGGCGACUACGAGUAUAAUAACAAGGAUCUCAUCGGACAUGGAGCGUUCGCGGUCGUGUUCAAAGGCAGACACCGCAAGAAAUCCAACUUUCCAGUGGCCAUAAAAAGUAUAACGAAAAAGAGCUUGGCAAAAUCACAGAAUCUUCUGGGAAAAGAAAUAAAAAUAUUAAAGGAACUAACUGAAUUGCAUCAUGAGAAUGUUGUCGCUCUGUUGGACUGUAAGGAAUCGCAGCAUAAUGUAUAUUUAGUAAUGGAGUAUUGCAAUGGCGGUGAUUUGGCUGAUUAUCUCGGAGCCAAAGGAACUCUUAGUGAAGACACGAUUCGACUAUUUCUAGUGCAACUUGCCGGUGCAAUGAAAGCACUAUUUGCCAAAGGAAUCGUUCAUAGAGAUCUCAAACCACAGAAUAUUUUACUAUCGCAUAAUUGCGGCAAGGCACUACCGGCGCCAGCAAAAAUUACGUUGAAAAUCGCCGAUUUUGGUUUUGCUAGAUUUUUACAAGAUGGUAAUAUGGCAGCAACACUGUGUGGAUCUCCUAUGUACAUGGCGCCUGAAGUAAUAAUGUCGCUUCAGUAUGAUGCAAAGGCCGAUCUCUGGUCAUUGGGAACAAUAGUUUUUCAAUGUCUCACAGGAAAAGCACCAUUUCAGGCUCAUACACCACAGGAAUUGAAAAUGUUUUAUGAACAAAAUUGCAAUUUAGCCCCAAAAAUUCCGCCAGGAACAUCACCGGAACUAACCGACCUAUUAAUGGGACUUUUACGUCGCAAUGCUAAAGAUCGAAUGGCUUUCGAAGUAUUUUUCAAUCAUCCAUUUUUACAACGGCCACAAACACCAGAAUCCCCAAUCGAUAUGCCCGCAGGAGUAAACUUAACACCACCAAAAAUGCCAAGUCCCAUUCAACAACAGGUGGCAAUAAACCAACAAACUUUGCAACAACAGCAAGGUGUCGGAGAGCCAGUCGAAGCGUUGGAUAAUACAAUUGCGGCCACAUUGACAAAUGCUAGAGUUCUCGGGGAGGGUAGUAGUCCAAAUAGUGGUUCCAGUAGUCCCGAAGAUUCCGAUGAUUUCGUGCUAGUUCCAAGUAAUCUUCCAGUCGAUCAACAAAUUGUGAAUUAUGAAAGAAAAUACGGUUUCAGGCAAGGCAAUAGAAUGCAACCGACAAAUCCUCAAGCAAGUCCACCGCGACCAAGUACAUUGCCAAUCUCUGAACCAAAACCCGUUCCCGUUCCGGCACGCCGACUCUCAAACCAGGAGCGACAAAAGAAACCUGAAUUCACGUCAUCGCCACCAAAAACUAUCUCUAAUACUGCAAUACCACGAUCUCAACCAAUUAGUAUGAAACGUUCCGAGCAUCGAAACAGCAAUAAUAGCGAUAUAAAUUCAAUCUCACCACCGGCCGUGCAAUUCGCGAUUGGAACACCACCGGGUGGAAGUAGUCGCAGGCGAUCAACAUCAGGUGGUUCAUUGUCGGAAACACCACCGGCGGCACCAUGUCAAUGGCAAGUUAGUCCAGCAUCUCAUCAUUCACCGUUACGACGAUCUGGUACCAGUUCACCCGUCCUACCAUCAUCGGCACUAUCGAAACUUCCAACACUAGGCAGUCCAACAACCGUUAUGAUUGGUGAAAACAAUAAUCAUCAUCCUGUAUUAGGGCCACGAGCGUUCACAUUGCCUGAAAUGGGAGCAACUGGCGGCCUUCAAAGUCUUCUUGAUACAAAUAAUUCGGAUGGACAUCAUCAUCAUCAUCAUCAGACAAUUCCGUUCCAAGCACCUGAAUUACAAGAGGAGACGCUACUUGGACGAGAGCACAACGAAACCCUGUCCAAGUUGAAUUUCGUUCUAGCUUUGACUGAUUGUAUUCAGGAAGUGGCCGACUCGCAGUGUGCUCCACUGUCGGCAUUGAUGUCUACAGAUGCGCAAAUUAUCCCACCACAUGCACCGGAAGAUUGUAAACGAUUAGAACGUUUAGUAUUGUUAGUUAGAGCAUUACAAUUACUCUCAUCGGGUUUGAGUCUGGCAUCACAGCAGCUACAAAAUGGCCAUCUGAAACCAUCUGCAAAUGUAAAAAAUGCCCUACUAGCGAUGAACUCUAAAUAUCGCGCGCUGUUAGCAGAAUCCAAAAGAUUAAAUGGUGCAGCAUUACUACAGAAAGCAGCUGCUGCCAAUAUUACUGCUGACAAAAUUCUAUACAAUUACGCCAUAGCAAUGUGUCAAUCCGCUGCCCUAGAUGAAUUAUUUAGCAAUAAAAAGAACUGUUUUGAACGUUACCACACGGCACACAUCCUACUACAUUCGCUGGCUCAAAAGUGCAAUCAUGAACAAGAUAAAUCAUUGCUAGCUAAAUAUAGAGACGCUGUCGAGAAGCGGCUGAACAUUCUACAGCAACAAGGCUAUAUUUACGUUACCGAUGAUUCUUCGCUUUCUAUUCUUCGACAACCAACUACCAACAAAUCGACGUCACCAGUUUUCUUUCGCAACACUCUUUGUCGCUAAAGCGUACAAGCCAGGAACUGAAAAAGUACCAAUAAAAACGGAAAUAAAAGCAACUAUUUAAUUUUUAUACGUUGAAGGUCGAUAUGUAAGCAUUAUUAUUUUCCACUUUAUACAGUCUCUAAAUCAAAUGUAGUGGUAAGAACAAUAAAAUGUAAAAAACAAAGCAUGCAAACCAAAAGAAAUCAACUUUAACUUUAACAUACGUAUCAGAUUGUAGUGUAAGUACAACUCAUGUUGUAUACCAACAGCAUUAAAAUUAAAAUACAAAUUUAAUAGAAAAGAUUAAUAUCUAACUAAGGCUUGAAGAAGACUAAAAAGUAAAGACAUAAUGAAAGUAGCCGUAUUAAAACCCGAAAACACAAAACACAAAGAACCGCUAAAACAUAAAAUUGUAUAUUUCUAUUAAAAAAUAUGGAAUGAUAAGAAAGGCUACAAUUCUAUCGAACUCUGAAUACGAGCAAAGGAAGAGGUUUAUUAAAUAGUAUUUAGGAACCCAAAACUACUACCUACUCACUGCAACACUCGUUGAUUCUACUCAAAACACAUUACGUAAGUUAUGUUCUCCCCGCCCUGAAAGCUUCUUUAUUUUGUAAAUAAAUUUGUAGAAAUUAACUUGUAGUUACACUGAUCGAAAGGGGCGGCAUUCCGUGACAUGGAGAAAUUACCAGAUUGUUAAAUACAUAGUUAUUUGGAUUGAAAGUUCUUGAGAAAUUAAAAAUAACAGAAAUGAGAAAUGUAAGGGAAAGUAUAUAAUAUAUAUUUAUCCAAAUCUAUUAUAAUGUGUAAUAUCAGUAUUUAAUCACAAAUAUUACAACAAGGAAAUAAUAUUUGAAAACGUAUGUUAUUCAUAAGUUAGCCCCGUUUUUUUCUUGGACUGAAGGAUGGAAAUUAUUCCCUAGGACGUAUAUAAUCAGUUUAAUCCUAAUUUUGAUAUAUUGUAAUUAUAUUUGAGUUUUAACAUGAAUGAC